GUGUCAAAUCUGACAUCUGCAGAAAACGGAAAAAACAGAACAACAUCUAUCGCUCUCAUCUCCUCGAAACAUUGGCUCGACUUUUUGCACAAAAAAGCCGCAAAACAUUGCUCCAUAAAACCAUCCAGUCGUACUAAUUGUGGAGUUUGCAUGUGUGAACAGCAAGAACGCUGGAGUUAGUUAAAUAAUCGCACCGAAAUUUUUGCUGCACUCCGUGUGUUUUCUUCUGCUUUAUUGCUGUGUGUGUGUAUGCAUCGUGGCAUGUAUGUUGCGUGUGUGUGCACCCGUCAAGUUGACAUACCAUCUGUGCUCUAGUGGUUCUCCGCACUACUCUCGCGCCUUCCUUUCGGUAUCAUCCCAUACACCGAGCCAGCGGAGUGUGUUUUAACCUUUCUGACAUUGAAAAUUGUAUCACUGUAAAAAUUGUACCACUGCGAGUCGGAACUAAACAGCGCGCGGACUGCAAUCCGGUGCACACACACGGUUUGCUUCCAAGUUUGGUGCUGGCCAGUGUGGAGCACGGGCACCUGCUGGAGUUCGGUAACACGUACACGUACCAGUGAAGGAAAAUAGUGUGAAAGCAUUGAGCAAGAGUGCUACCUAGUGGGACGUGGUGAACGAAUUUCAAAGCGCAAAAAUAGUUUAAUCUACUUCAUUCAAUCGUUCCGUUUGUCCGUUGCUCGUGGUACAACAGCAGUACAAGCGUCAGUGAUUCUACAUCCUCAUCUGUAUCGUCGUCGUGGUCGGCCGAUUCUACCGGAACCAGUGUUCCUGUCGAUGCCGUCACCAGCAGUGAAGUUGACCGGCUUUUACUCAACCUAAACCGAUAUCGUUUAUCGUACUGUGCACCAGCGCGUAAAAUAAGCCUCAAAAAAAGGAUGGCCAAAGACGAGGAGGAUGAUCUGUUGCCCGACAAGGAUGCGGCAAAAGGAUUCUACGCCAAAUAUGAACCAAAGGAAAUUCUCGGCAGAGGCAUCAGCUCAACGGUACGGCGAUGCAUCGAGAAGGAAACGGGCAAGGAAUUUGCGGCAAAGAUCAUCGAUCUCGGUGCAGCAGAAACGGGUGAUUCCAACCACAUGCUGGAAGCAACCCGACAGGAAAUACAAAUUCUGCGACAAGUUAUGGGACACAAGUUUAUCAUCGAACUGCAGGAUGUGUUCGAAUCGGAUGCCUUCAUUUUCCUGGUGUUUGAACUGUGCCGACAGGGAGAACUAUUCGACUACCUUACGUCGGUAGUAACAUUGUCGGAGAAAAAGUCCCGGUACAUUAUGCGGCAAAUUUUCGAAGGUGUCGAUUACAUACAUUCGAAGAACAUAGUCCAUCGCGAUUUAAAACCGGAAAACAUACUGCUCGAUGAUAAUCUCAACGUUAAGAUCACAGAUUUCGGGUUCGCCCGGGUGUUAAAAGAGACCGAAAAGCUGUACGAUCUCUGCGGUACUCCGGGCUACUUGGCGCCGGAAACAUUAAAGUGUAACAUGUUCGAGGAUGCACCUGGUUACUCGAAGGAAGUGGACAUAUGGGCUUGUGGCGUGAUAAUGUUCACACUACUUGUAGGCUGUCCCCCGUUCUGGCACCGCAAACAGAUGGUAAUGCUACGUAACAUAAUGGAAGGCAAAUAUAGUUUCACGUCCCCAGAGUGGGCCGAUAUUUCAGAGGAUCCAAAGGACCUGAUUCGCAAAUGUCUGGUGGUAGAUCCAUCGAAGCGAAUUACAGUGACGGAAGCACUGAAACAUCCCUUCUUCAACACAGUACUUUUCGAGCAAGACAUUGGACCUCUGAAACGGAGCCUUUCGGUUAAAUCGAGACGCUUCAGUCGCAUUGCUGAUCUGGCACUGGCUACAGUUUACCAAACCAAACAAUCAGAAUCCUUUAACUCAAACAAUACUCAUCAUUUGUGCUCUUGUUUCACGAAUAUCCUCUCUUGUUACAUCCAUUUACGUAAGCAAAGUCAGUUCAACGCUAGGAAAAAGUUUCAGUUUGCUAUACUGUGCGUACGCGCUAUGAUCCGGAUCAAGAGGCUACGGUACACGCCGGAACCGCUGCGUGUCGAGGAUGCUCUAAGAGACCCGUAUCGCGUCAAAGUGCUGCGCAAGGUCAUCGAUGGAUGUGCAUUUCGAGUGUACGGCCACUGGGUCAAGAAGGGCGAAGGCCAAAACCGGGCUGCCUUGUUCGAGAAUACGCCUCGAUGCGAGGUUUAUAAUCUUUAUAUCAACAGCCUUAAUCGAUAGGCUGUAGACAAGGAUGUCGUCAGCUGAGAAUCGUUUGCAGCCAAAGACCGAAUGAUCGGCGUAAGGCUAGAUUCUGUGGCGCACUGCGUUAGACACACAGCAAUACACACUUACACACACACUACCCGUUGGGAAAUCGGGUAAUUGUACACAGAACGUUUGGCAGCAUUAGGAAAAAGGAUCAUUCAAAUCGCAAAAUGCGAUUAUUUCAAAAUGCUAAACGCUGCUGCAAUAAGUUCGAAUAAGCAAUGAUAGGGUAGCGUACGAAUAUAACGUGUAGGAAUUUAUCGCUGCAACAGUCGCGAUAUAAGGAUCAGUUUCAACCAAACACCUACUUAGACGUUUAUCCACUUUCAUCCAUGUUAUGAUUCCUGUUUCAUCUCAUCUGCGCUUGUACGUGUGCUGUAAUGGAGUCAGCCGUUUUUUUAGACUAGUAAAUUAAGCGGAUGGAUAUCCGUAAUCCUACUGUGGUUGGCUGCAGAAAUUGCAGCAGGACUGGAAUAUGAAAGCAGUGAGCGAUCAUGGACAGAACAAAUAGAAGCAAUGAACGCGAGAUGAAGGUUCACGUGAUUAUGCUGUAAAAAGAGGCGGAAGGAUCUGCUUCUGGAGGACGAUAUUAAGUUUUGGCCCUUUUUGUUUUCCUUUUUUAUACAACCAUAGCUAUGUACACUACUGUUAAUAAUAAUUAAGCAUAGUAAUAUACAUAUGAACUAUAUCAAAUGAA